AUGUCCGGGGCUGGCACGAAUGGCCGACCCAUUGUCUUCUUCGACAUAUCCAUCGGUGAAACAGCUGUAGGAAGAAUCAAGUUUGAGCUCUUCUCAGAUAUUGUGCCGAAAACGGCGGAGAAUUUCCGUCAAUUGUGCACAGGAGAGCACAGAGUCAACCAUAAGCCUAUGGGCUAUAAAGACUGUGUAUUCCACCGUGUUAUCAGAGAUUUUAUGUGCCAAGGUGGUGACUUCAUCCAUGCUGAUGGCACUGGAAGUUUUUCGAUCUAUGGUGAUAAGUUUCCUGACGAAAACUUCUCCUUAAAGCACGAUGCACCAGGGCUAUUGAGUAUGGCAAAUUCUGGACCUAAUACCAAUGGAUGCCAAUUCUUCAUCACUACACAACCUGCCGAGUUUCUGAACGGGAAGCAUGUCGUUUUCGGCAAGGUCGUCGAAGGGAUGCUGGUAGUACGCAAAAUCGAAAAUACACCGUGUGGUCCCAACAAUCGCCCUCGAAUCGACAUUCGUAUUACAGGUAUGCUAUAUACAUGA